GGAAGCGACUUUUGCUCUGCUAUCACCACCACCACCAAUAUGCCUCUUGCGCUCGUUCAGUUCACGCCAUUUCCGUCUCUUUCUCAUCCCUCUUUUUGGCACAAGCUCACUCAGCUCAAACUCGAUGUCCUUAAGCUGUCUGACGCCCAGGUUGACAUCACUGGCUCCUAUGGCGUAGGCCGCCUUAUCAGGGAUAGAGAGGCUGGCGCGUGGAUCAGCGUCAAUGCAAAUCUCGCAGUCGAGGAAGAGAGUUUCACCGAUACCAAGAUACCUACACGCUCCGUAGCUGCCAGAGGAACCCUCAAGAACUAUAAUACGAUCGAAGAGUUCAAGGCCGCAGACAAGACGAUGCUCUUCAAUGAAUGUGCAGACAAGAUUUGGGAAUCUAUAGUGACAAACAAGGAUACCUCCCUGCUCAACUCGUUUCUCAUCAUAACGUAUGCCGACCUUAAGAAGUACAAGUAUUACUACUGGUUCGCUUUCCCUGCUUUUGUCGCGUCUCCCUCAUGGCACAUCACCGAACGUGGUUGGGUUCCGGCCAUCCAGGCUGGCUUCAGUGAAGCGCAGAUGUCAUCGAUUUACGAGCAACUCUUAGGAAACCAACCCUUGCAAGCAUUCUUCGUUGUUCUCACCCCCUCCGACGCUUCUACAGAAGUGACGGUCUCUGCGAUCGACGCGUAUGUACCGGGUGCUACUGUUGGUUUUAUCGAUCCAUCUGCCCAGCUUCAGAAUCCAGGAUGGCCUUUGAGGAAUUUGUUGGCAUACCUCAGAUAUUCGUAUCCGGAUUCUAUGUCAUCUUUGGACGUUCUUUCGUGGCGAGACACCGAAAUUCCUCGGGAAGGUUGGAAGAGUCGCGUCGGGAGUCUGGUGGUUGGCGACGGCAGUUUAAGCAAGGCAGCGGUAGUGCCUAAUGCUAGGCCGAAUGCUGUGGGCUGGGAAAAGAACGUCCAAGGAAAGUUGGGUCCCCGUGUAGCGGAUCUCGCGCCCAUGAUGGACCCUACGAGGCUAGCAAAUCAGGCCGUAGACCUCAAUCUCAAGUUAAUGCGCUGGCGUAUUGUCCCAUCUUUAGACCUAGACAAGAUCGCAGCAACAAGGUGCCUCUUGCUCGGUGCUGGGACACUAGGAUGUUACGUUGCAAGGUGUUUGAUGGGAUGGGGUGUUCGUACAAUUACCCUUGUUGAUUCAGCGCGAGUGUCGUUUUCGAAUCCUGUCAGACAACCGUUGUUUCAAUUCAGUGACUGUUUGAAUGGAGGAAGACCUAAGGCAGAGUGUGCCGCUGAAAGACUACGGGAAGUUUGGCCUGGUCUAAAUGCUUCUGGCUAUACUCUUUCCAUUCCAAUGCCUGGGCAUCCUAUACCAGUAUCUCCAUCCCUAUGUGAGCAAGUACAACAAGAUGUGGAGAAGUUAGAAAAGUUGAUUGAAGAACAUGAUGUUGUUUAUCUGCUCAUGGAUUCAAGAGAGAGUCGAUGGUUACCUACAGUCAUUGCACGAUCGAAGGACAAGCUAGUUAUGAAUGCUGCCUUGGGAUUUGAUACUUUUCUGGUCAUGAGACAUGGAGCAAGACACACUCUGGAUGAUAACUCUAGAUUGGGUUGCUAUUAUUGUAAUGAUAUUGUUGCACCUGCUGAUUCUUUGACUGAUCGCACAUUAGAUCAGAUGUGUACAGUAACACGUCCAGGACUUGCUUCAAUAGCUGCUUCCACUGCUGUUGAAUUAAUGGUGAGUGUUUUACAACAUCCAAGAAGUAUACAUGCUUCUGCUUCAUCUUCAUCAUCAUCAAAUUAUGCAGAUAUUAUAGAUGUUGAGAAAACAAGUGUUCUUGGCUUAGUGCCACAUCAACUUCGUGGCUAUCUUGCUCAAUUUCGUAACUUGCAUAUUGUGGGUGCUGCAUAUGAUAAAUGUACUGGAUGCAGUGAAAUUGUCAUAAAUGCAUAUGAAACUGAAGGGUUUUCAAUGCUUCUAAAUGCUUUCAAUGAUUCAAAGUAUUUAGAAAGAUUGACAGGAUUAGAUAAUCUAUUUGCUGAAGGUGAAAAGGCAUUACGGGAUGUGGAGUGGAUAGAAGAAGAGGAGGAUAAUGAUUUUUGAUUUAAUAUAUAAAUGCAUAUCACAAUUAUCUAUGUUACUAUUGAGUCAAAGUCUUAAGAAGAUUGUGG